AUGCGCAAGAAACACCACCAUUCGCGAAGAAGUGCGUCGUUCUCGUGCUGUUCCGAUGAUGCUAAUCAUCACUCUCGAAGACAGAGCAGGAGGACGGUUGUGUUCACCGCCGUCACUGCGUGUACGCUCUCGAAAACAAAGACAGUAAAUGAAGACGAUAAAGGAGCGGCGUGGGCGUACGAGGACGAGAAAACAGUCCCGGCGCACCAAACGGAGGACAUGCCACCGGUAAAAUAUAAAGAGUACGUGGAUUACGACCGCGGGUUUUCGAUGAAAGUUCCCGAGGAUUGGCUGAUGGAUACACCGAACGGUGUUUUGGAGAGAGAGUUUCAUCCGAGAGCGGAGUACGGAGGAAGACGGUGCACAGUUAUCGUGAAUCCAGUUGGGAAAGUGGAAAGUAAGAGCGACGGUGGGAACGGUAUUCCAAAGCUGAGAGACUUAGAGAUGGAGGAAUACACAUCGGCGGAGAAGUUGGGCAAGACGAGAGCGAACGACUUUGCGCCGUUAGAAGGCGCCACGGGAGGCGCAAAAGCGGCGACAUUUUUAGUCAAAGCGGAAGAAAAGGAAGACGGCAGUUUGUAUUUUUACGAGUGGAGGAGUCAAGCGAUGUUGAACUUCCACUUUUGGGAGGUGGCGGUGUUAGGUCCGGGCAUGAGAGGAUCCGGGAGAAAGUUAGGGAGGAGAGACGUCGUUUCGGUGAAAUGUCAAAUGCCGGAGGACGGCAUGACGCCCGGAGACGUUGAAAUCUUCGAGACUAUCACGCAGAGUUUAAAACUGUUGCCAUUGGAAGAGGUGACAGUUGACGAUGAAUUUUGA